ACGACAAGAUCGCCGAGCAAUGCAAAAGCCGCAAAAUAACGACAGUCAGCUUAUUUUGGUGCAACAGAAUUUACGAACACUGACUCAGGAAUUAGUUAUGAAGCAUGCUGAUCACGUAGAGCAACUGGAUCUAAGCCACAAUUGUCUAAAGGAUCUGUCUUGGUUAGCGGACUUUGAGCAGCUGCGUCAUUUGGUCCUGGACAGCAAUCGCAUGCAUGAGGCACAUUUGAGGACAUUGACUUGCCCACUGCCACAAUUGGAAGUACUUAUGCUCAACAAAAAUGAGUUCAGUGACCUGCCGACGACAAUGCGACUGAUCAGAAAGUUCUUUCCCAACCUGCAGUAUUUGAGCCUGCAUGGCAAUCCGAUCUGUCCAGAUGGCUUGGAACUGCAGCCAUUCUCCAGUUACCUGCGCUACGACUACGAGUACUACAGCAACUACAUUGCACAGUCGCUGAGCAAACUGAAAUUUCUGGAUCAUGGACUGGUUCAACGCACCUACAAGUACGAAAGUUUUCCCAUACAAAAUUACAAUGGCAAACAGCUUAUUCAGACCACAAGUGUCUGAACAUAUUAGCAAAUACCACUUUUAAGCUAUGUUAAUUAUAUUUAAUGAAGGAAAUUCAAAAAAUAUCUCCCGUUGAUCUAAUUAUGGAUGUUUGGGUGCUAAAGAGUAUUGUUCACGUAUAAGACCACAUCGUAGACACCAACCGUAUAAUACAAUGGCAUGGACAUCUAGCCAAGACACCAACCACCACCAAAAGCAUAAGCUUUU